GCUCACUUGUUGCCCACUCUGCUGCUCGCCAUAUCAUUUUUGUUUCUGGGGCUCUGUUCUCUGCUUCCUGCUCCCUCUCUGUCUCUGUCCCCGUCUCUUUCCAGUUCUUUGUCUGUCUGUCUGCUCUCUCCUGCUGUCUCCCUGUCUCUCCCCUGGCCCCAUCUGCCUAUCUCUGGGACUCAACCACUUCCUGCACCAGCGAAUGUCUCUCUCCACACUUUCCUCCCUUCCCUCCUCUCCCAUCUCCUUCCCAUCCCUGCCCAGCGGCUCUCCAUCUCUCCUCUGGUCCAAGGUGGACCCAUUUAACCGACUCACUGACGGAGGCCCCCUCCCUGCCCCCACCGGCCCACUGGCGCCCACACCGCCUCUCCAGGGACUUUCUCUCCCUCACUUUCCCUGCCCCCCAACCAGCCUCUCUCUAUGCAAAUCCCAGGGGAGGGGGGACAUUUGCCUGUUCCCCCCCACCCCCACUUCCUGUCCCCGCUCGAGUGUGGUGGGGCUGGUCUCGCACAAGGACAUACAGCAGAAGAACUGCGGUGGUCACAGCUGCAGCCGCCUCCCCCCGCCCCAUCGGCUCCCAACCACUCUGAGACUCAGGUGGCUGAAGGCACCCUGACAUGCCCCUGUGUCUCUCCCCCUCCAGGCUCGACGGGCCACACUUCAGCUGUCUGUACCCAGAUGGCGUCUUUUAUGACCUGGACAGCUGCAAACAUCCCAGCUACCCCGACUCAGAGGGGGCUUCUGACUCCCUGUGGGGCUGGGACCUCAGUCCAGCUGUCCCAGCCGCCUCCUAUGAAGCCUUCAACCCAGCUGUGGCUACCUUCAGCCACCCCCAGAGUGUCCAGCUCUGUUACGGACCCUCAACCUACAGCCCCGUGGGGAACCUCGACCCGGCCCCCAGCCUAGAAGCCCCGGGGCCCAGCUUCCCAGCGUACCCCACGGAGGACUUCACCAGCCAGACCAUGGGCCCCCCGGCGUAUGCCCCAUACCCCAGCCCUGUGCUGUCGGAGGAGGAGGAUCUCCUGCUGGACAGCCCCACCCUGGAAGUUUCAGACAGCGAGUCGGAUGAGGCCCUCAUGGCUGGCCCCGAGGGGAGGGGAUCUGAGGCAGGGGCCCGCAAGAAGCUGCGCUUGUACCAGUUCCUGCUGGGGCUGCUGACGCGCGGGGACAUGCGCGACUGCGUGUGGUGGGUGGAACCGGGCGCCGGCGUCUUCCAGUUCUCGUCCAAGCACAAGGAGCUCCUGGCGCGCCGCUGGGGCCAGCAGAAGGGCAACCGCAAGCGCAUGACCUACCAGAAGCUGGCGCGCGCUCUGCGCAACUACGCCAAGACCGGCGAGAUCCGCAAGGUCAAGCGCAAGCUCACCUACCAGUUUGACAGUGCGCUGCUGCCGGCCGCCCGCCGGGCCUGAGCCCCGUGCGGGCUCUCCGGGGCUCCACGGCUGCGGCGCGUUGGCGUCCCCACACCCUAGGUCAUAGGACCCGUGAUUCCCCACACUGCGGGGAGGCGGGGGCUGCCUUAAUCCCUAAGCCCUGCUCAGGGCCCCUCUGGGACACCCCCCCACCCCAAUCGUGUCUGGGGCCCCUCUGGGAUUUCCUUGUCAUGUUCGGGAUCCCCAGGAUCCUCAUGUCUUGGGUCACAGGACCCAUAGAGGACUAUACUAUAUGUCUGUGUGGAGGGGGUGGGCAGGACCGUGCUUCCAGAAUCCCAAGAGCUUCUCUGGGAUCCCCUUGUGGUGUCUGAGAUCGUCCAACCAAGCCUGGGACCUCUCUGAGCUCCCUUGUGUGUCUGAUUCCUUAAUCUCAUCUGGGAAGGGUGAGCCCACAGAUCAUCACACAGGGAGGGGGUUGCUGAUGGCGACCCUAAGCCCUGUCCAGCCACGGUCUCUCUGGGAUCCCCUUCUCAUGUCUGACACUCUCCUGUCAGAUCUGAGAUCUCCUACUUAUGUAUGGGGCCUUCUGGAAACCCUUUAUCACAUCUCAGAUCUCUGUGCCCAUCUGUGACUCUCUUGUCCUGUUCCCCCAAAUACGUUUGUCAUCUUGAGAUCCCCAAUUCUCUGGAACCACUGUGCUAUCACUUUUGUGUGUGUCUGGAAUUCUCCACUCACAUCUAGGGUGCCUCUGGGAUCCUUUGGCCAUGUCUAAAAACACCCUUGUCAGGUCUAAGGGGGGACCUCAGUGAACCCUGUCUUGUCCAGGCCACCUCUGGGAUACCCUUGUCUGUCUGGGAUCCUUCCAAUCACAUCUGGGGCCUCCCUGGGAUCCCCUAUCCGCUAGGCCCCUUUGGGGACCCCAUCAGCAGACCUGAAUUCUCACAGGGACCCUCCCUUUCCUGCGGUGCCCUCUGUAGGGCCAAGCUAGGGAUCGUUCUGGCCAGUCAACUGAUUUCUGGGUGAUCUUGGCAGCCCUCCCAUGUCAUCUCUAACCAGAGGUCUCACAUUGGUACCCCCACCCCUCCAGAUCCCUUUGGGACAAAUCAGAUCCCUGGUGGUGGGUCCUUCUUUAGUUCACUGCAACAGUGAGGGAGAUUUUGCGUAUUCCUUUCAAACUUUGCACAAUCCAGCAAAGGUGGGCAGCUCUGCGGUGCAGAGAGGCUGGAGGAGGGGGGCAGCCACUCCUAACAGGGCACCUGUUCUCCAAUCUGUCCCAGUCCCCGCUGCCCCUGGCUGUCAGACCCCAGUGGCUUCUCUUGGUCGCCUGUUGGCCCCCAACCAUUUGCGUUUCGACCCUGGUAUGAACCCACGGAGGUGAAGCUUGGGUUCACCGUGGGAGCUCUGAUUCGAACCCUGUGGGGGUGUCACAGACUGUGGGCUAAGAUGCCAGAAUCCCAGGUCCUUGAGUCUUCGUGGCUGGGGGAUCUAGGGUGAAAGACUUGCUGCUUCCGGGCCUCAGUUUGUCCCUUCUGUGAAAGGGGAGAGGAGGAGGAGGAGGAAGAUAGAAAAAGUCCCUUGCAGCCCUGCUGAGCCUUUGAUACAUCUUCUGGAAAUCUAGCCCACCACCCAUUCGUUGACGUCCCGGAGGAGGAGGACAAGGAAGGAGCUUCAAGGACCCAGAGAGGGAAGAGGUCCUUGCUGCUGGUAGCAGAGCCCAGGCUGGGACCUGCCCUCCGAAGGAGAGCACACACACCCUCACCCUGGAAGGGGGGCAGGGUGGGAAGAGAGUGCCAGGGGCAAGAUGUCCCCAGGGCCUCCUCUUGCAAAUGAGGUACCUUUUGCAAAAACUAUCUUCAUCACCCCAAGUGUGGAAUAAAAUAAAAUAGAACAAAAUAAAAUAAAAUGAAACAAAACAAAUCAAGGUAGACAGACUUCCUAGGACCCUUUGUUAGGGACGGCAAUGCUGUCUGUCGGCCCAGGCCUGUUGACCUUCAGAGACACUGCGCGGCUGCGACGCGCACCACAAGACAGGAGAUGGAAGAGCCCUAAGAGCCUCACCUUUGAGCUUUGAAGGCCGCGGUAAAGGGCUUCAGAUGCAGGCAUUGCUGGUUCGGUUCAAUUUCUCUCUCUCUCUCUCUUUUUUUUUUUUAUGUUUUAUUUAUUUAUUCAUGAGAGUCAGAGAGAGAGAGAGAGUCAGAGGCAGAGGGAGAAGCAGGCUCCCCACCUGGCAGGGAGCCCGAUGCGGGGCUCGAUCCCAGGACCCUGGGAUCAUGACCUGAGCUGAAGGCAGACGCUUAACCAUCUGAGCCACCCAGGCGCCCUCUCUCUCUUUUUUAUAAAGAUUUUUUAUUUUUUAUUUUUUAAAGAUUUUAUUUAUUUAUUUAUUUGACAGAGAGAGACACAGUGAGAGAGGAACACAAGCAAAGGGAGUGGGAGAGGGAGAAGCAGGCUUCCCGCGGAGCAGGGAGCCCGACGAGGGGCUGGAUCCCAGGACCCUGGAAUCAUGACCUGAGCCAAAGGCAGACGCUUAACGACUGAGCCACCCAGGCGCCCCAUAAAACAUUUAUUUAUUUUAUUUUAUUUUAUUUUAUUUUAUUUUUUAAAGAUUUCAUUUAUUUAUUUGACAGAGUGAGACACAGCGAGAGAGGGAACACAAGCAGGGCGAGUGGGAGAGGGAGAAGCAGGCUUCCCGCAGAGCAAGGAGCCGGAUGCGGGGCUCGAUCCCAGGACUCCGGGAUCAUGACCCGAGCCGAAGGCAGAUGCUCAACGACUGAGCCACCCAGGCGCCCCAAGAUUUUUUAUUUUUAAGCAAUCUCUACACCUAACAUGGGGUUCCAGCUCUCAACCCCGAGAUCAGGAGUCGCCUGUUCUUCCAGGCUGAGCCAGCCAGGCGCCCUCCCUCUCUUCCCCACCGUCUCCCUGCUUCCCUUUCCGUCAAGGUCUCUGUCCCCCCUUCUGCAUUUCUGUCCUCCUGCUCUGUACGUCUUCCCCCCUCUCCCUGGAUGCAGCACUCGGGCGGGCAGGCCGGGCGGGAGGCUCCUGGUGGCAGCGCAGCCCUCUGGCUCCCGCCGCGGCACCUCAGAACUGGGCCCGCGGGAACGGAGUGGCAGUCUGCCUGGCAACCUGUGACGUCACGGAGAGGCUGCCGCCGGGUUGGCUCGACGCUCCCGGGAGGCGGGGCAGUUUCCGGCUCGCAGGGGGUUUUGGAAAAGCGGGUGAGGGGCCAGAUGGACAGGAAGAAAAUCGGGAGGGACUUGUCUUCACUCAAACCUGCUCCCUCAGCCAGUUGCUUCCUCUCCCGUCCUCCGCCUUAACCCCAAGCCCCCACACCCUUCUCCCUCUCACACUCACCUCGCCUUCCUCCCCAUAACACCUACUGCCCCCCAAAGACCCCUCUCUUCCCCCAAUCCCCCCCUUCUGGCCUCCUUCACCUCCCCCCAUCCGGCGUCCAGCCACCACCACCCCCAUUCUGAAAGCCACAGGUCCCCCUGCUGGGAAGGGCGCCAACGUCCGGGCAGCCCUCCAGGGCCUUCCCGGUCUCCCCACCCGCCCCUCUGGGGGCACUCGCUCCCUCCCCCGCGUCCGGUGCCCGCCGCGCCCGCUCCGGGAACCGUCGCGGGGAGCCGGCCGGCUCGGUCCCAGGAGGGGCAGCGGCCAAUCCGGGGGUCCAGGUGGCAGGGGCCGCAGGCCUUCGGAUGUGCUCUCGCCCAGGGGCGGGACUCGAGAGUCCCCGAGCCUCAGUGCCCCUCCUGCUGGCACAGAGACCUCCCCCCACCCCCGCAGCCGUCCUGCCUACGCUGGGAAACCAGACCCUCCCUCGCAGCUCCGGUUUCCCGAAAACUCCUGACUUGCAGAUACUAAGAAUGGCUUUCUAGACCGUCUUCCCCUUUUGCCCCUACGGCAGAGUUCUGGCUCGGAGCCCUCACCCAUUUUAGACCCCAGCCCCUUCCUCUCCCGCCUCCUAGGAGUUAGGAGUCCAGGCCCUCAUCCUUCUCCAUUUUCCUGGACCCAAGAAUCUGAGCCCCAGACCCAGAAGUCCAGGCCCUCCUCCCUCAGCGGGAGUCCUCGCCUCCAGCACGCCCUUCCUGGGACCCGGGUGUCUGAACCCCAGGCCACUUCUCCCCAGGGACCUGGCAUUCAGCCAUCUCUCCUGGUCCA